UCAUUUCCUCGAAAACGACUACAUUUCCCGUCUACUGUGGGGAAGGUACACACAUCGUCGCCAUUUCAGGUUAGAACGUUCGACGUGGUGAAACAGAAGUUAACAGAAGUCGUCGUGUGCUAAAUUACAGUGUCUUCAAGAUUUGAAUUAACGAGUCGUUUGAGAUGCGUCAGUCCAAACGAAUGCGUUCGAGUGAUGGCUGGUUGUCGGAGUAUAGCUUGGAGGAGAGACUGGAGAUUCGCAAGCGACCAAGGCGAAGGUCGCGCAGUGUUGACAAGGAGAGGAAACCAAGAAGGCUUCACCACUACAAAACAUACGAAAGGUGUCACGUGCACACUAGGAGACUGGAGGUCAAAGAGAGGCGUGUUGUGAGGGAGGCCAGUCUGGAGCCUGAAGGCCAUGGGGCGAGAGACGCCGAUAGGAGAGACCCCGAUAGGAGUGACCCCGCCAGGGAGCGCGAGCGAGACCGAGACUGGCACCACUACAGCAAGUCCUCCGCUCGCAGUGGCCGCAGCUUCAGGAGUAGCCACGGACACCAUCUCUCCCGGCGGCGCAGUCACUCUAGACGGCGCAGCCAUCACUCGGACUCGAGGAGCCAGCGCAGGAAGAGAACCAGGAGUGUUGAGGAUGAUGAGGAGGGUCACCUGAUCUAUCACAAUGGAGACAUGCUAAGAGCAAGAUAUGAAAUUGUGUGUACUCUAGGCGAAGGAGCCUUUGGGAAAGUGGUGGAAUGCAUUGACCAUUCAAAGGACGGCCUGCGUGUCGCAGUGAAAAUCAUCAAGAAUCUUCAGCGCUACCGCGAGGCGGCUAUGUCUGAGGUGGAGGUGCUCGAACAGAUGAAUAAACUGGACUCCAGCAGCAAAUAUCCUUGUGUGAGGAUGCUGGACUGGUUUGAUUACCACGGACACAUCUGCAUCGUGUUUGAGCUGCUGGGCCUGAGUACAUUCGACUUCCUGAAGGAGAACGGCUUCAUGCCCUUCACCAUUGACCACAUCAGACACAUGUCCGACCAGAUCUUCAGAGCCGUGUUGUUUCUUCAUCAAAAUAAGCUCACUCACACUGAUCUUAAGCCUGAAAACAUUCUUUUUGUGGACUCAGAGUACGACAUUGAAUAUAAUGCCAAAAUGAAACGUGACGAGAGAACUUUGAAGAAGCUGGACGUCAAGGUUGUGGAUUUUGGGAAUGCCAUUUAUGAGCACGAGCACCACACGUCAGUCGUGUCGACGCGUCACUAUCGAGCCCCCGAGGUCAUCCUCGAAUUGGGCUGGAAUCAAGCCUGUGAUGUGUGGAGUCUCGGCUGCAUACUGAUCGAAUAUUAUCUGGGACUGACUCUCUUCCAGACACACGAUAGCAAAGAGCACCUAGCCAUGAUGGAGAGGGUGUUGGGCCCAAUACCCUCCCACAUGCUUCAGAAGACCAGGAAGAAACGCUUUGUGUAUCAUGAACGGCUGGACUGGGAUGAACAUAACUCUGCCGGUAGAUACGUGAGGAAACAUUGUAAACCGCUGAAGCAAUACAUGUCUUCCAAGAGCGCUGAACACGAGCAGUUGUUUGACCUGAUCCAUAAGAUGAUGGAGUACGACGUGUCCAAACGGAUCACCCUGGAGGAGGCCAUCAGUCACCCCUUCUUUGCUCCUCUGAAGGAUAAAUGACCAAAAACCCUUCACUGCCCGUUUAUUCACGCUCCAAAGGAGAGGGACCCACCGGACUGUAUCAGUCUCACUUAAAUUGUUCAUUCUGUGCAUAUUUAUUUCUUGUCAUUAGGAAAUGUACAUUCACAGUUGCUCUUUGUCUUUAAUAAAACCUGAUUUAUCUAGCAUUAA